AUGGGGUUGCACGGGUCACUGGACUAUGACCCUAUGACUGACUUCAUGUACUGGACAACUGAUGACGACAUCGAACGGACUCGUCGUGAUGGAAGUAGGCUAGAGACCAUUGUGGAGUUAGAAGCAAACACAUACGUGUGGGGCCUAAGAUUGGACCAUGCUGGUGGGAAUGUGUACUGGAGCGACAAUAAAGGACGCAUCUCAGUAGCCCGGAAGGACGGAUCUUUUGUCAGGACACUUCUGACAUCACAACGCUACCCUGGGCAGCUGGUCCUGGAUCCCAGAAACGGACUCAUGUACUGGUCAGAUUUCAUGGGGGCUAUUGGCCGUGCAGCGAUGGACGGCAACAACCAGACUACUAUCAUUAGGAGCUUGAUUCAUCCCUACGCCACUAGCAUUGCAGUAGACUACACAGAGAAUCGGUUGUACUAUUCCGUUAACGACGUAAUCUACAGCUCAGACAUGCACGGCAACGAUAUACAACUUGUUAAGCCUGGAUACGGGGAACGUGUCGGAGGGAUAGCGGCUGAUGCUGAUUACAUCUACUGGACAAUUUACUCGACUGGUGAAGUCAUAAGGUUAUCCAAGUCCAGCAUGAAUCAGACUGUUCUGGUUGAUGAACUGAGGAGGCCACGAGACAUCUUCCUGUCCACGGCGUCUCCUCAUAACGUCACCAAUGCCUGUUCCUCGUCCAAUGGAGGAUGCAAGGAGCUUUGCCUUGCCCAUCCGGGGGGGAGAACGUGCGCCUGUCGGGAUUCCUGGGAACUGCAGGAGGAUGGACUGAGCUGCUGUCCCUCUGGCUAUACUGCAUACGGGGGUGCGUGCUUCAAGGCGUACAACCAAGACAAAACCUAUAGCCAGGCCAGAGAGGUGUGUGCAGCAGCAGCGGACGGGGCGCUCCUGGCCAUGCCGAAGGACAAAGACGUGGACAACUUCGUGAGAGAGCUGAAGAACGCCGUGGAUACAAUCUCACAUUUCUGGUUUGGCCUAAAUGAUGGGAACAAUGAAGGUGAGUGGGUGUGGGAAGACGGGAAUCAACACGACAUCAGUACCGACUGGAACCUCUGGCAGCCGGGAGAACCCAACGGUAACGAGGGAGAAAACUGCGCGAACUACUAUGGAUCAGAGUGGAAUGACGCACCGUGCUCCUCUGCUUACAAGUUUAUCUGCCAGCUGGAUGAAGCAAUCAGCUGCUCUCUGGGACAUUUCCGCUGUGGACACGGACUUGCCUGUAUCCUAUCCUGGAAGCGUUGUGACGGGAUCGCAGACUGCACGGACGGGAGUGAUGAGGAGGGCUGUGUAUGCGAACCAAUCCCUGAGGAUUUUGCAAUCGACAGCAGGCUUGCAAUGCUACCAAAUCAGCUGGGACAGACGACAUUUGAGGAGAUACAGAAUUCCUCUGUCGUGGAGCUGCUCAACAUUUCGUACAGCAUCGCAGGAAAGUACCACCCAGAGAUGAGGACAUUCAUAUCAACGGUUAUUUUCCCACAAUGCAAUGUCUCCGAAGAGAACAAGACUCGCUGCUCUUCACCAAAUGCAGGCAACAUGACCUCAUGCAUGGGAACACAGCUGGUACCAUGCCGCUCGUGGUGUGAAGAAGUGCUCAACAUGGCUGAUGACUGGAUAAAGAACCAGCUGCCGCGAUGUAGUUUGUUUCCUUCAUCCGAUCACAAUUGUUGGAAUUCUAAUUCAGCUAAGAAGGGAAGCGAAGUUUGCUACCACGGCGUCGGCAUAAACUACCGUGGCACAUGGAGUAAAACUACAUCCGGGGCAGAUUGUGUGGAGUGGUCAGCUCCGCAAGCUGGUUACUACAAGACAGAGUUUCCCUGGGCAAACCUGGAUAACAACUACUGCCGCAACCCUACCGGUCUGGAGCGGCCAUUUUGUUUGACCGAAGACGGUAGCCAGGAGGAAUGUGACGUCAUCCCGUGUGAUGCUGAAGGCUGCUGGGACAGAGGUCCUCCAAACUACGGCAAGAGAACUCCAACCAAGAGGUUCUACUACGUAGGAGAAAAGGUGACAUAUUCCUGCAACGAAGGCUACAAACUCAAGUCCGGUUACACCAAUGAAGUGAGGUGCAUCGGAGGAGGCCAUUGGCAGUAUGACAAGCCCAGUUGUUCAGUAAACCAUAGGCAAAGGCUGCAAGAGGAUCUACUGGAGAUUUCCAGUACAAGUCUGCCACCUGAGAAUGUUAUCAUCAACUUCACUGGAUCUGUGGUACAGCUUGUCGACUUGGAUGAAAAGAAUGAGCAACUGGUGGCGUCCGCUCUCCUCGAUUUCACAUGGCAGGACAGCCGACUGAGUUGGGAUCCAAAGUACUAUGAUAACGUCACCAGCCUCAGCGUUCACGGCAACGAUAUUUGGACACCGACAUUGACUCUGAAAAGAAAUGCCGAUCCGGUCUACAAAGGCCUACAGAAGGAUGUGCCGGUCCGAGUGAGCAGCGAUGGUCUGGUGGAAUGGAGUGUAGAAACCCUGACCACCACCGUGUGUGAUGCAGACCCCUUCUUCUUUCCCGCAGACACCAUGGAAUGCAACAUCUGCUUUUCUGCAACCACAGCAAUUGCACAAACCAUCCUAGACAUGGGAAUCACUCCGUGCAACUCUUACUCUUCUACAACACCGGCGGGUGAAUGGUACCGAAAGGAUAAGAUCUUUGCAAAAGACAACAGUGACGCGUGUCUCGCCGUUCAUCUGUCGAGGAUCCCGCUGUUCCACAUCGCCACUACUGUAGGACCCUGCAUCAUCCUGGUGGUACUGAUGAACAUCACAUUCAUCACGCCCUUAGACAGGGGCGACCGGAUCGCGUUUGGAGUGACCAUUCUACUCUCCAUGGUCGUGUCUCUCGUGUUUGUGACAGACGUACUUCCUGUCAAGGGGGCACUGCCUCUUUUCGCUACGCUGGUCAUCUUGUGGAUGGGGCUGAUGGGAUUAUUCCUGUUCUUCACUCUGGCCAUCAUCGUCAUUUACGACCGGCAGGGCAGCCUGUCUCCGCGGACGAAGAUUAUUUUCCUCCGCUACAUUUCGAAGAUGCUGCUGCUGGGAGAUCUAACAGAGGAGAAACGUACGGGUGACGGAGAGGCUGGUUUGCUUCACCAGCCUGACAUAGAGAUGACCAACUACGCCUUUCAAACUGAUGACAUGGCGGCGGUCGACGAAGGGAGAAGGAGCACCGGGCAGCCAUCGACGCCUCCCACAGAUACAGGGCUGGAGACCACCGGUUCUUCCGGUCUACCUGAGCUGAUCUCGUGUGUGAAGGAGAUGACCAAGGAGAUGACCAGGGGGCUUGGGGACCUGACCAAAGCUAUGAAGAACGAGGAGGAGGUGUCCGACUACACCCUGCUGGCUAAGGUCCUGGACAGGCUCUGCCUUGUCAUGUACAUCAUCUGCAUCGUGAUUACCAUUCCUAUGACCAUGUAUUUGAGCAAGUAA